AUGGUGCGUCGCAGAGCUUCGGUUUUGCCUGACAACUAUGCGGAGGAAGACGAUGCAGACGCACCACCUGAGCAACAGAUUAGCAAUCGUCUGGUCUCAGUGGGGCUUGUUCUAUCUGUUCUUCUUUGCAUCAUGACGAUCCAUAUUGUCUUUGGCGAUCUUGUCCCGCUUUAUGCGACCAUUGUUGCUGUUCUCAUGGCCCUUCUGCUCAGCAUUAUGGGCGGUGCUCUACAAGCCGGGGACCUCAUGCAGGACUUGAAGACAGGCCAUCUUCUCGGUGCCGCACCUAAUGCUCAGUUUUGGGGGCAGGUUAUUGGCGCAACGGCUGGUGCUGUCGUGAGCGCUCUUGUCUACCAAUUAUACGCGGCGUGA